UCUCCGUACCCACGAAUAAAGGGAUACCUUUUGCUUCGCUAAACUUUGCACAGGGACAGACCUACAGAAGGCCGUUCCAAAGAAAAACUUCCGGUAGCUUGCCUUCAGAAGGCUUCUACCCUUGAACACCUCUUCUUGCCCCUCCUUCUGGGGGCCUGCUAGCUGUACGGAAUGGGUGCUAAGAUGGCGGCCCUCACGGAGAAACGACUUAGUGCGCGGCCAUGUUGAUCUCCUGACAAUGCCACUCACAGUCAAAGUCUCCGCAGAACCCUAACCGCAGCUUGUUCAGUGAUUUCUUUCUGCCUCUGUGAAACCAUUGAACUUUCAGCCUUGCUAGAGGCUGCAGAAUAUAACUUCUGAGGACUUUCCAGCUUUGGAAGUGGGGCUGAGGCCCCUAGUGAACAUGCCAGCUAAUGAGAAAUCACCCCAGAGGUUUCCGGCUUUGAUUCCAGAAGAACCUGGCAGAUCAUUUGAGGGAUCUGUGUCAUUUGAGGAUGUGGCUGUGGAUUUCACCCGACAGGAGUGGCACAGACUGGACCCUGCCCAAAGGACCAUGCACAAGGAUGUGAUGCUGGAGACCUACAGCCACCUGGCAUCUGUGGGCCUCUGCGUGGCCAAACCAGACAUGAUCUUCAAGUUAGAGCGAGGAGAAGAGCUCUGGAUAUUGGAAGAGGAAUCCUCAGGCCAUGGUUACUCAAGAUCGCUGUCUCUGCUACGUGGUAGCAGUUCAGUUGGAGGUAAUGCCCUCAUGCUGGAGAACAACCUUUUUCAGCAUCAGAAGAUUCAAACAUUGAAUCAAAGUAUCAAUUAUAACAGAUGUGGGGAAGAUUUCCAUGAAGAAACAGGCUUUGAUCAACAUAAAAGAACUCACACAGGAGAUAAAAACUUUGAAUGUCAUGAAUGUGGGAAAGCAUAUUGCAGGAAAUCCAACCUUGUUGACCACCUGAGAAUACACACAGGGGAGAGGCCCUAUGAAUGUGGUGAAUGUGUGAAGACCUUCAGUGCAAGGUCAUACCUCAUCGCUCAUAAGAAAACUCACACUGGGGAGAAGCCCUUUGAAUGUCAUGAAUGUGGGAAGUCUUUUGGCAGGAAGUCACAACUCAUUCUACAUUACAGAACACAUACGGGAGAGAGACCCUAUGAAUGUACUGAAUGUGGAAAAACCUUUUCUGAGAAGGCAACCCUUACAAUUCACCAGAGAACCCACACAGGAGAGAAACCUUAUGAAUGCAGUGAAUGUGGUAAGACAUUUCGUGUCAAGAUAUCACUUACUCAACACCUGAGAACUCACACAGGGGAGAAGCCCUAUGAAUGUGGGGACUGUGGGAAAAACUUCCGUGCAAAAAAAUCCCUAAACCAACAUCAAAGAAUUCACACAGGUGAGAAACCCUAUGAGUGUGGAGAAUGUGGGAAGUUCUUCCGAAUGAAAAUGACUCUCAGUAAUCAUCAGAGAACCCACACGGGUGAAAAGCCCUAUCAGUGUAAUGAAUGUGGGAAAUCUUUCAGGGUACAUUCAUCUCUGGGGAUCCAUCAGAGAAUCCAUACUGGAGAGAAACCCUAUGAAUGUAAUGAAUGUGGAAAUGCUUUCUAUGUGAAGGCCCGCCUCAUUGAACAUCAGCGUAUGCAUUCAGGAGAGAAACCCUAUGAAUGCAGUGAGUGUGGGAAGAUAUUUAGCAUGAAGAAAUCCCUUCGGCAACACAAAAGAACUCACACUGGGGAGAAGCCUUAUGAAUGUAGUGAAUGUGGAAAUGCCUUUUAUGUGAAAGUGCGCCUCACUGAGCAUCAGAGAAUUCAUACAGGAGAGAGGCCCUUUGAAUGUCAGGAAUGUGGGAAGGGCUUCUGUCGGAAAUCACACCUCACAGAACACCGGAGAACUCACAUGGGCCGAGCCUUACUUUGUGUAUUGGAGAAAGCUUCCCCCUGAAGAUUCCCCCACUGCCCUCACUGGUUCAAACCCCUCAGGGCAUCUGAUCAAGUAGACCACGCAGAGUGCACUUGCCAUAGUGUGGCUUUCAGACUGGUGUAAAAAUGAGUCUUGAUUCCUUUAGGGAAUAGCUCAUUGUUGCUUGCUUUUUCUUUUGGAGACAAUGUCUCACUUUGUAGCUUAGGCUAGCCUUGAACUCAGUCUCCUGAGCGUUGGGACAAGUGAGCAACCAGCAUGCCUGGCUGUUUUUGCUUUUAUUUCCCCAAUUGGAGGUGAGGUUGAAGGUCUUGUCUGAUAAUUGACCAUUUGAAUUUUUCUUCAGUGCACUGACUGCUCAUAUACUUUGC